UUUCCUCUCUAGAAGCAGAGCGAAACACCCAAGCUUACCAAUAACCUGCAUUUCUUUCUCGCUGUGAUCAAAGGAAGUUUCUCUACUCAUCAGCUUUUGUGUUCCAAGUUUCAGCAAUGGCGACCGUAAUGCAAAAAAUCAAAGAUAUCGAAGACGAGAUGGCGAGGACUCAAAAGAACAAAGCAACGGCCCAUCACCUGGGGUUGCUUAAGGCUAAACUUGCAAAGCUAAGACGGGAUCUCCUUGCACCUCCAUCAAAAGGAGGUGGUGGUGCUGGUGAAGGGUUUGAUGUUACCAAAAGUGGAGAUGCAAGAGUUGGUCUAGUGGGCUUCCCCUCGGUUGGGAAAUCAACACUUCUGAAUAAAUUAACAGGCACUUUUUCAGAGGUUGCGUCCUAUGAAUUUACUACUUUAACCUGCAUUCCUGGUGUUAUAACGUAUAGAGGAGCUAAAAUUCAGUUAUUGGAUCUUCCUGGAAUUAUUGAGGGUGCAAAGGACGGGAAAGGUAGAGGAAGGCAGGUUAUCAGCACUGCUAGGACAUGCAAUUGUAUUUUAAUUGUUCUUGAUGCAAUAAAACCGAUCACUCACAAGCGUCUGAUAGAGAAAGAACUUGAGGGAUUUGGCAUAAGGUUAAACAAGGAACCGCCUAAUCUGACUUUUAGGAAGAAAGAUAAAGGUGGAAUUAAUUUCACAUCAACGGUGGCAAAUACACUACUUGACCUUGAAACAGUGAAGGCCAUUUGUGGUGAAUACAAAAUUCAUAAUGCUGAUAUAACUCUUCGGUAUGAUGCAACUGCUGAUGAUCUCAUUGAUGUAAUCGAGGGUAGUAGAAUAUAUACACCCUGCAUCUAUGUCGUGAACAAGGUGGAUCAGAUAACACUUGAAGAACUGGAGAUUCUGGACAAACUUCCUCACUACUGCCCAAUUAGUGCACACCUGGAGUGGAACCUUGAUGGCCUGCUAGAGAAGAUAUGGGAAUACCUCGAUCUAACACGCAUAUAUACAAAACCCAAGGGAUUGAAUCCGGAUUAUGAAGACCCUGUAAUUUUGUCCUCCAAGAAGAGGACGAUUGAAGACUUUUGCACCCGCAUACAUAAAGAUAUGCUCAAACAGUUCAAGUAUGCAUUGGUUUGGGGAUCGAGCGUGAAACACAAACCCCAAAGAGUAGGCAAGGAGCAUGAACUUGAGGAUGAAGAUGUGGUUCAGAUAAUUAAAAAGGUGUGAUUGAAGGAGAUGAAGUCUAAUAGGGACCUUGACAAGUUUGUUCUGCUGGAACUGGCAGUCCAUUAGAAAGCUAUAGUGAGCAAGAGAACUUUUUGGUAGUGAAGAAACCAGCAUCAUGGUGCUUUUCCUUGACUGGGUUUUGUCCUCUGUAAAAUUCCAUCACUUCGUGAUUAUGUUUGGGGCAGUCCCAAUAGCUUAGAAUUUUGUGAAGGUUGUGUAUGACUAGCAAAUGCAUUACUUGAGUCAGCUCUCUUCACCUAUGGUGACCUAACUCUUUGAUUGGAAAUCGUGGGGGAGAGAAUAUCAUCAUUAACCCUCCAAUUGUUGAAGGUCUGAAAUAUGCUUUCUCAGUCCAAUUAGAGGAUCAGAUCCCAUGGGUUAAGAGAUUCUUUUUACUGUGGGUGAAGGUGAAGGUGAAAGUGAAGGUGAAGGAAAACCGGUCCUUUGUUUAUUGUGCUAAACAGAAAGAUGCAGGACAAGUUUUGACUUGUGUUACAUUCUGUCUUCUUUGCCAAUGUGGGCAACAAUGGCGGACCAAAGAAUUUCCUCUUGGUGGGUCCACUUUUGUUAAUAUACAUAUGCAUACAUCUCUAUGACAAAAAUGGUAAAUACCUUGGGGUCGCGAGCGAUCUA